AUGGGCUUAACUGAUAGUGAAGGUACCGCUAGUAGGCUUAUGUCGGCUGGGUAUUCGGUGAUGUCUGUCGACGUCAUUGAUAACGUGGUUGGCUCAACAGAAGGGCUUUUUGGUCGCACUCUAGGCCGUUUAAGCAGCGCAGCCCAGACAGAUCCUAGUGACUCAAACUACUUGAUAACAAUGUCCGACGGCAAGGACCUGGUAGUUGCGUUAAACUUGCUGCCAACCAAACUGGAGACGUUUGUGGACACUAUUGCGUCUUCUGCAUCAAAUCCGGGGUCUGCAUUUUUGCUAGAACCCGCUGAAGAUGUGUUGGCCAAACGUGAUUGUGGGAAUGACUGUAAAGUAAUCGAAGGUCAAGUGAUCCAAUGGGUUGGGGUCACGGCGCACGUUGUUGAUCGUGACCGCACAGCUGAAUACCUGCGACUAUCUGAGGCAGACAGGAUGCACCUGGCAAGACCGGCUAUGGCGGCUAUUAUUGAUGGAAACAGGGACAAGGUAUGCUACCAUGCGUUUAAAGAUCCUCGGAACCAAGACAAGGUUGAAUGCAGUUACAUGCAUGAAAACAUGGCGUUUAUUGCCGAGGUGUAUGUUAACCAGUUUGGCGGUCUCGACGGGGACUGCUGGGACGCGUGCUCACCGGAGGAUGAACAAAUCAUUGUUCCAGAGUUGUAG